AUGAAUUUUAAAUAUGAUGGAACGACUUCAUUACAAAUUAUACAAGGAUCAGAGGUUGUUUACUCGGACUAUGGACUCUGUAAAUAUGGACAAUUAUUUGAUCCAGCUACUGGUCGAUGUCGUGAUAUUUACUGUCAAGAAAUUAAUUAUAAAUUUAAUGGAACCACAUGUAUACCAGAUGAAAAUAAAAAUACGAUAAAUAUUUAUAAACGAAUGAGUGAUAUUGAUUUAUCUGUAACACUUUUUAUUUUACCAACAUAUCGUAAUGAAAAUGAAAAAGGAAAUUUUUCGAAACGUCUUCAUAGUCAAAUGAAUGAAACAUGUACUGAUGAUUGGGCUAAAAUGUUUCAUAAUACACUUCGUGGUUAUCUUGAUAUCGAUUAUAAACGUAUUACUAAUAUUAAAUACAAUCUCAAACAAAAUCAUGAUAAAGUUUUACAAAAUUCAUCAAAUAUUAAUCUAAAAGCAACGAGUAAUAUUUCUGAAAAACAUAAUAACACAAAUAUCAUUGAUUCAAAUUCAUUAUUAUCUGAUCGUAUUAAUGAACAACUUUUUAAUAAUCAAUCAAUAUUUGUAAAUUUGAAUUUUUCUAUUAUUGAUCGAAAUGAAACAUCAAAUGAUACACUAACAGGUUUACAUGUUGUAACACUUGUUUUACUUGCAUCAGAAUUUCAUUAUAUAAUGGAUUUAUGUGAAAAAUAUUCAAUUAAAAUUGAAAAAAUAUCGAUUAUAUCAGAUAAAAAUAAAACUCGAGAAGAAUUUUGUAGUGAACCUGAUAAAAUGUAUCCAACAAAUACUGGUAUUAUACGUAGACGUAUAAGAUCUGAUGGUGAAAUUGAUUAUGUUGUUGAUGUACCUGAACUUGAAACAACAUAUGAAAGUGGAGAUUAUACUUAUUCAUUUAUGGUUUCAACAUUAACACAUCAACAACGACAGAAAAUGUCACAAGAAGUUUCAAAAUCAAAUUCAACUUCAACAGUAAAAAUGAUAUUAGUUUGUAAUCGUCGACCUCGAAUAGUUGAUCGUUGUCCAGAUAGUCUUGUUAUGCGUAUAGCACUUUGUGAAGUAAUUCAAUAUACAAAUUUUUCAAUAAGAAUUAAACGUACUGGUCGUUUAUACACAAAUCGUGAAUAUCGUUAUGAUGAAUUUCGUUCAGAUUUAUAUAUUGUUGUAUGUAAACAUGAUAUACAUAAUAGUACAACAAAUAGAAAAAAAUUCGAUUUUUUUGAUAAAGCACCUGGAUUUUUAUCAACAAUAGCAAUAUUUCUUUCAAUAUGUGCAUUAUUAAUAACAUUAAUUACAUUUAUAUUAUUUUCUUCAUUACGUAAUUUACCUGGAUGUAAUAUAAUGAAUUUAAUAAUAGCAUUAAUAUUAGCUGAAAUUUUAUUUUUAUUACAAAGUUUAUUUAUAAUGACAAGACCAAUUUUUUUUUGGAUGAAUAUUAUGGCAUUUGAUCUAUGGAAAACAUUUCAUAAUGGUUAUUCAAUUUAUAUUUAUGAAAUUCGUGAACGUUUACCAUAUUAUGCUUUAUAUGCAUGGGGUAUGCCAGUUAUUAUUGUUUUAAUUGGAAUUUUAUUAGAUAUAAAAAAUACACGAUUAAAACCAUGUUAUGGAAGAUUUUUUCGUGGAUGUUAUGAUGUUUGUUUUCAUACAAAACAUGAUGCACCUUUACAAGGUUGUUGGAUUGAAUCAGCAUUGAUGCGUUUUUUAUUAUUCGGUGUUCCUAUAGCAAUUAUUCUCGUUAUUAAUUUUAUAUUUUAUGCAUUAACUAUACGAAAUAUUCGUCGAACUUUAAAAUCCAUUCGUGUACAAGUCGCACGUAAAUUUCAACAAAAAAAACAAAUUAUACCUGGUGAACAUGAUGUAAAAAUUUAUAUGCGUAUGGCUGUUUUAACUGGUUUUGGUUGGACAAUUGGUUUUAUUUUAUUUGCUUUACCUGAUAAUCAACAAGGUUUUCAAUAUUAUCUUGUUAUUAUAUUUAAAUAUUUAUUUAUACUUCUUAAUGCAACACCCGGUUUAUUUAUAUUUGUUGUUUAUGUAUGUAAUCGUCGUGUAUUUUUAUUAUAUCAAAGUUUAUUGAUAAAAUUAUUUCAAUUAAUUCAAUUAAAAUAUCAAAUAUGUAAAGAAUAUCUUUUAAAUCAAAGUCAAAUUUUCUUUAAUAAAAUAAAAUAUCGAUUAAUUAAAUCAAAAACUAUUUUUUAUAAACAUAAACAACAAAAAUUAUCGAUAAAAAUAUAA